UCCUCCUGCCGCCGCUGUCAAUGAGGCCGUGGAAGGUGGCGUUGAGUAACCGCGGGAUGGAGGGGCUCCGCUGGGCUUUCGGCUGUGGCUCCUGGCAGCCGACUCGCUCCGAGUGGUUGCUGGCGGCUCGCUGUGUGCAGGCCGAGGAGAGAGAGCGCAUUGGCGCGUUUGUCUUUGCAAGAGACGCCAAGGCCGCCAUGGGUGGCCGUCUACUCAUCAGGAAAUUAAUUGCUGAAAAAUUGAAGAUUCCAUGGAAUGAAAUUCAGUUGGAAAGGACAACGAAAGGAAAGCCAUAUCUGGCAAAUCCAGUCCUCACCACAAUCCCAAAUUUUAAUUUCAACAUUUCUCACCAUGGGGAUUACGCUGUUCUGGCAGCUGAACCUAAUCUGCAGGUUGGUGUCGAUAUUGUGAAGACUGAUUUUCCAGGUAGUAGCUCUGUUGCAGAGUUUUUCCGCAUUAUGAACAGACAAUUCACAGAUUAUGAAUGGAAAACAAUCAAGAUGGCAGGUGAUGAAUGGGCGCAACUGGAUAUGUUUUAUAGGCACUGGGCUUUGAAAGAAAGCUUUAUAAAGGCAAUAGGCAUUGGAGUGGGAUUUAAUCUGCAGAGAAUUGAAUUCCAUGCAUCACCAUUACAUAUGCAAACAGGACAGGUCUCGAAGGAAACAAUGAUGUUUUUGGAUGGAGACCAGGAAGAAGCAUGGACAUUUGAGGAAACUAUUCUGGAUGAUAAUCAUCAUGUUGCUGUUGCACUUGGCAAACCAGACAUGUUUGGCAAAUAUGCUCUACAGGUACAAGAGGAUAUUAGUCAAGAACCACCCCAGUUCACACUCUUGUCCUUUAACGAUCUAAUCUCAUCAGCCAUUGCUAUGGCACCAGAGGAUCCUGUGCACUGGGAGAAUUUUCAAGCCAAACACAAAAAAGCAAGUCGUCAACAUCGGAUGCCUGUAUGACAUUACUGUGAGGAGCAAAACUGUCAGUAAUGUAUCUUGGGUAUCUUAAUCACAGAACCUUGGACAACCAAAGGAGGCAAUGCACAUUCAAAUCUAUUCUUUCCAAUUCCUCAGAAAGAGUUUUUCUUCAGCAUUUUGCGGAAUGAUGUGCUGUUUGGUUUUGAGUUCAUGAUUUAUGAUGCUGAGUGUGACAUUGUUAUAUUGACGGCUUUUUAUUUGACAAUGUGCUUUUGAAGAGCAAAAGUGAAAACAAAAAUAUCUUUAUUACAACCAAAUGGACACGAAGGAAUAGACUACUCUUUCAGAUGAUUCAUGAAGAAAUCAACUACUUGAUGAAGGGCUAACUGCAGUAAAAAUACGUAAGAUUCACUGCUGCAAGAGAAAUCCAGAGAAGCAAUUUCUUGCCUUGCUUAGGCAACAUAUUAGGCAGUACCUAACCAUACAAUGCUUCUUUAUUCUUGAUAUUUGCUGCAUCCUACAGGACUAGAUGUGGCCAUCUGACAGGGAUAGAGCAAGAUAAGUGCUGUCCCUUCAAAUGAUUUCAAUGUUCUCAGCAUAUAAAUAUAAUCCCUUCCAUCAUGAUAUAAAGUGUACAUCGUCUGAUGAGCCUCAGUUUGUUUUUUAUUAUGGUAGAAAACACUUAUCACAUUUGCCUCAAAUUAGUGAAUUAUCAGAUUUCAAAUUUCAAAUCAGGUUACAGAAACUAAGUGUUUACUGUUUCACAUAUAACCAAUUUCAUAUUCAGUUUUCUCUUCCAUAUGUGAUAUGGUUUUUUGCUGAAUUUGCGACAAGGCUUUAGCCUGGACCCAUUUAAUUAAUUCAUGGGAAUUAAGGAGUUGAAAGAGCCAACUGGUUCUCUGCCUUGUUUUCAGUCAAAGAUAGUUCUGCAUGUAAUUUCCCAUAUUGUAAGGGGUUGAGUGAAAUUAACUCAAAAAAGUUCUAAGGAAUUUUACAAAGGGAACAUGUUUUGGUGCCACCUAACCCUGAUGAUGCCCAUUCAUUCUUGUUCCUCCUGCUCCAGAAAUCCCACCUCUCUCUCUCCGCAUCACAGAAAGUAGCUCAGAAAUAUAGAAACAUAGAAAACAGAAGCAAGAAUAGGCCAUUCAGCACUUCGAACCUUCUCCGCCAAAUCAAUAUGAUCAAUACUAAGCAUCCUACUCCCACUUUCUCCCUUUCCUUUGAUCCCUUUAGCCUAAGAACUGUGUCUAAUUCAGUGAAAAUAUUCAUAUUUUUGGCCUGAACUGCUUUUUGUGACAGAAAAUUUCACAGGCUAACCACUCUCUGGAUGAAGAAAUUUCUCCUCAUCUCAGUUCUACAUAGUCUACCUCAUAUCUUGAGGCUCUGACUCCUGGUUCUGCAUUCCCCAGUCAUCUAGACCCUGUCUAAUCCUGUUAGAACUUGGUACGUUUGCCCAAGAUCCCCUCAUUCUUCUAAACUCAGGAAUUAAUACUUUUAAAAGAAUCUUUGACAUAAAUCCUUUUUAUUAUAAUCAAAAACUGUGUAUAAUUCUCUUUUGCUAGCACAUAAUCUAAUAAUGAGGCACCUAAUUUGUUGGUUACUUAUUCUGAGCCUUGAACAUCUUAGUGUGUCGGUAUCUUGUGUGUUUUUCUCAACACUGCUUCCAGUUUGUUAAUCUUUUUUAUGUUUACUAAUAAUUAGUAAACAUAAUUUCUUUUGCAUUUACUCUUUUUUUUCCCCUUGCUUGCAAAGUCCAGCCAGUCCUCUUUGCGCACCUCACCUUCCCAAGGUUUACAAUGUUGGUUCAGUAAUUCACUUUAUUAGAACCCAAUCUGAAUACUUUUGUUCAUUUGCAGUCCAGUUGCACAGUACAAUUCCACUUUUUCUUAAGAACCAAGUUUAUCAGCAAACAACAGUAGAAAGCUAACCUUAUGCAAGACUGAUUCAAUCUUGUCUCCAAAUACCUGUAUAAAGAAGUACUGUGGAAAAUAAUUAGCUUUUCUAUCAAAUUACUGGAGCUGUAGGAAACAGGAAACUGUAUCUAAUUAUAUUUACGAAGGCUAAGGGGAGAAAAGCCUUUAAGCCACAGUGUUUUAAUUGGUUGAUUUGUAUAUUUCUACUUCAACUUGGUAUUUACAAUUCCUCCCAGCCCUUCAGGAAUAUCAGAGCAAUCUAUGAAAUUCAGUAAUUGCUAAUAAUUAAUGAAUGCUUCUUGGAGGUAGUAUAUGCAAAUGUUUGCAGGUUCUUUGAUGUGGAACUAACAUCAAGUGAUGAGAAAAGUCAGUGGUUCAGAGAUGCUUGGAUAAACCUUCAUGAUCGAUUGAAAAUGAAUGGGGUUAUACUUGAGGCUUGAAUAGAUUAUUACUGGGAUCUGCAUUUUAUAUGUACUAGGACUUUAUACACUAUUUUUCUUUGCAU